AACCCUAAUUUAUAAGCUAAACAUACAGUGUAACUCGAGGAACCGAACCGAGCCGUGGUUAGGUUGAGUAUGGUUUCCAUUUAAUGUUUGUUAGCAAAAAAUUAAAACUUCCCCCAACAACUUCUCCACACUUAAUAGUUUGAGUUCAAUCUCUCAUUUAUUUCCCCUCCAAACCCAACAACAAUAUUUAUUCACCCCAUAGCUCUCCUCUUCUCUUUCAACAACACCCUGCUUUUUGAUCCACCAAGAAUCACAACCGAAGUUAUGCCUCACAUGGCUUUCUUAUGUCUUCUUCUUAUUGUCUCCCUCCUCCUUUCGUCUCCGAGGACGAUAACCGAAGCAAAGGUUUCGGCGAUCAUCGUCUUCGGUGACUCCUCGGUUGAUGCUGGAAAUAACAACUUCAUUCCCACCAUUGCAAGAAGUAACUUCUUGCCGUAUGGUCGGGAUUUUGUUGGUGGGAAGGCAACCGGAAGAUUUUCCAAUGGGAGAAUUCCGACCGACUUCAUUUCUGAGGCUUUCGGGCUGAAGCCGACGGUGCCCGCUUACUUGGAUCCUGCUUAUAACAUCUCGGAUUUUGCCUCUGGUGUCACUUUUGCUUCGGCUGGAACUGGCUAUGACAAUGCCACUUCUGACGUUUUGUCUGUGAUACCAUUAUGGAAGCAACUUGAGUACUACAAGGAGUAUCAAGCAAAGCUGAUAGCAUAUCAAGGCUCAGCCACAGCAAACGAAACAAUAAAAGAAGCUCUAUAUGUGAUGAGCUUAGGAACCAAUGAUUUCUUGGAGAAUUACUACACAAUGCCAGGCCGUUCAUCCCAAUACAACAUUCAACAGUACCAGGACUUUCUCAUCGGAAUCGCGGGUGGGUUUAUUGAGAAGCUCCACGGCCUCGGCGCUCGGAAAAUCUCCCUCGGCGGGCUACCGCCGAUGGGGUGCUUGCCGUUGGAGAGAACAAGAAACGUUUUUGGAAGCAAUGACUGUAUGGAGAGUUACAACAAUCUGGCUGUGGAUUUCAACAAGAAACUCGAGGCUUUGACUGUGAAACUCAACAAGGACCUUCCCGACAUCGAGUUGGUGUUUUCGAACCCGUAUGACGUUCUCUUGCAAGCGAUCAAAAAGCCCUCUCUUUACGGUUUUGAUGUGACAUCGACAGCAUGCUGUGCAACGGGGAUAUUUGAGAUGGGCUAUGCUUGCAAUCGGAACAGCUUAUUCACUUGCACAGAUGCAAACAAGUACAUAUUUUGGGACUCAUUUCAUCCAACUCAAAAAACCAACCAAAUCGUCUCUGGGUAUGUGGUCAAGAGCGUACUUUCACAGUUUCUUUAAUUACCUUGUUUAUCAAAUUUAAAAUUUUGGAGGUUUUGAAACUUGUUCACACAAAAGGAUGAAUUUGUUCAAACGGUAGAAACUUUUCUUUUGAAAAGUUGUAUUUGAUCCAUAAAGUUUUAUGAAACUUUUCAAGAUAUGUUGUCUAUCGUUUAACAAAAUAAUUCUAUUGUUUGAAUAAGUUUUCAAAACAUUUUGUUAUUCUCAUGACCACCCCUCUAGCAUAGUAUGAACUUUCCCUUCUAGCAUACUUCUAUGUAUCAAAUAGAAUAAGCUUGUACUA